CACAAACCCCACAAACAGAAACAGAAAGAGAAUAAUAAUGUGCGAAGCUCUGAAGAAUCAAUAUCAACUUUUGGAGGAGAUAGGGCGUGGCAGGUUCGGCACCGUGUUUCGCUGCUUUCAUCUUAGUUCUAACCAAUUCUAUGCCUGCAAACUCAUCGACAAGCGUCUCCUCACCGAUUCCACCGACCAACACUGCCUUGAAAUUGAGUCCAAAUUCAUGUCUUUCCUCUCUCCGCACCCUAAUAUUGUUCAAGUUUUCGACGCCUUUGAAGACACCGAUUUCUUAUCCAUCGUCAUCGACCUCUGCGAACCCCUCACUCUUUUUGACCGAAUCGCCGAUGGGCCCUUGCCGGAGCCCCAAGCUGCUUUUUUCAUGAAGCAGCUUCUCGAAGCUGUUGCGCAUUGCCACAGGGUUGGGAUAGCGCACAGAGACAUAAAGCCCGACAAUCUAUUGUUUGAUUCGAGGAACAACCUUAAAGUCGCGGACUUUGGUUCGGCGGAGUGGUUCGGUGACGGAAGGAGCAUGAGCGGGGUGGUGGGCACCCCGUAUUACGUGGCGCCGGAGGUUCUGAUGGGGAGAGAGUACAAUGAGAAAGUUGAUGUUUGGAGCAGCGGUGUGAUUUUGUAUAUAAUGUUGGGUGGGAUUCCACCCUUUUAUGGAGACUCUGCUGCUGAGAUUUUUGAGGCUGUUGUGAGAGCCAAUCUCAGGUUUCCAACAAGGGUUUUCAGGUCUGUGUCUUCCACUGCUAAGGAUCUUCUCAGGAAGAUGCUUUGUAGAGAUGUCUCGAGGAGAAUAUCUGCAGAACAAGCCUUGAGACACCCAUGGAUCAUAAGUGGAGGCGUGACUGGUGAUCAAACUUGAAGAUGCAAGAGUGAUUCAAGCAAUUGCUGCUGGAAGGAUCCAAUUUUGUUGAUAUAUAGAUGUAUAUCAGUAUAUAAAUUCCCUUAGAUGGUUCGAGAAACUCUUUUUCCUCCUUGUAGAUCUAGGAGGAGUUUAUGAUUUGAGUAGAGUAGACUAGACGAGUAAUUUUUGUUUCUUUUUCUAAAGGGAGCCUUUAUAAUCACUGAUGUACAGAGCCUUGUUGAAUUUUAGAUUGUAUAUGCAAGGUUUAUGAAAUAGGAAU